CAUUACCAUAGAAACUGCCUGUACUGUUCAGAGAAGCAGCAGAAAAAGGUGAAAGCUGAAGAGGUCCAACUGUCAAGGUCACAGAUCACCAAACCGCUGCCACACUGACCACUGCUCAUCAGCUGUUUGAAAUAACCAGGAAAAGGUGUUUUGAAGCCGUUGACAUACAGUCAAAAUCUUUUGGAUGUUUUCGUACUUUCCUGUUUUUCCCCCGAUUGUCCCCAGGAAAAGGAGCCAUAUGGAGUGAAAGUCAUCGCCGUCUGAGGUAUCCAUGGGAUUGACCAACUGAACUCAUCUCAAACCCUGCUGAUCAGGAUCAUACAGAACUACCAACAGAGUACAAUAAUGUCAGAGAGCAUUGACAGAUCCCAAAGUGUACCAGACACCGUCUUGAUCAGCUUCUCCCUUCCAUGAACAUCUCUUCAUCCCUCACAAUGCCAUCCAGAAGUGGAGAUCCUCCCAACGUCAAUGACUUACUCAACUCCUCCUCUUCCUCCAGCACCGCCCCACCUCCAUCUUGCAGCAUAGACGAGUCCUACAAGUACAUCUUCCUUCCCAUUUGUUACUCUUUCACAUUCCUCUUCAGCAUUUCCCUCAAUUCUAUCAUCCUCUUCCGUUCCUUCCGCCGGACCAAGCGUUGGAAUGCGUCCCUGAUCUACAUGGUGAACCUGGCCUCCACAGACUUCAUGUAUGGCCUGUCACUGCCAUUCCUCGUGGCUAGUUACGUCAUGCGUGACCGAUGGGUCUUUGGGGACUUCAUGUGCCGCCUGGUCCGUUUUCUCUUCUACUUUAACCUGUACUGCUCCAUCUUCUUCCUCACUUGUAUAUCUGUCCACAGGUACUUCGGUAUCUGCCACCCAAUGAAAGUCAUCACACUAGAGACCAAGAAAGCCGUCAAGUCCACUUGUGUCGUAGUUUGGGUGGUAGUGUUUGCCUUGACCUGCCCUAUCUUCCGGUUUGCUCAGACUGGUCAUGUGACAAGAUUUGGACGGCUUGGCGGCAAUGCAACUGGUAUUGACAACCCAAGCCACGAAGUGUCAUCCAUGAAUGGUAAUGCCAGCGAUAGUAACACGGGAGGGGUCAUCGAGGAGUACCAGAACUGUUGGGACGACGCCAUCGAUGAGGAGUUCCCUGAUUACGUGCCCUAUGGCAUGGUUCUCCAUUUGCUGGGAUUUUUUCUGCCUUUUUCCAUAAUUGCUUGGUGUUACUCUCACGUUGUUCUGACCAUAUUUAGGACUCUGCAUUCACAACCUUCGUCCUUCAGAGAUCGGCGAGAGAGAGGAAAUGGAGGGGUAGAGAGAAGCAGCCGUUCAACAGUUGCCAGAGGAAAAGGAGGAAGCAAUGGACUGUCGAGGACAUUCGGAAGAGGUGAAGGGACUUCCAUGUUCCUUGGUGCCCACUCCCCUUAUGCCAAUCGCAGACGGAAAUCUAUCAGGACCAUCAUCACCAUCACCCUCCUCUUUGCUCUGUGUUUCUUCCCCUUUCAUGUUACUAGAACCAUCUUCCUCCUGCUGAAAGUGACCAAGGGAGUCCCCUGCCACACCAUGACCAUGGUCUCCAUGUGCUACAAGAUCACCAGGCCUUUGGCCUCAUUCAACGCAUGGCUGAACGCCCUCCUUUACUUCCUGACUAAAGACAAGGGGGGAGGUCACUGUUGCCCGGCGGUCAACACCAACACUCAUCAUCAUGGUGGGCUCCUACUGCCCCUGAGGGUGAUGGGGAAAAGAGAGCACGCAGAGGAGGGUGGGCUGGAAGACAGAAUUGACAAUAAGCAGAAUAAAGAAUUUCACAACAGUCCAUCAUACAUAAACAGAGCGAAAAUCAGAUAUAUAAUUGAGUGAGUGUUUUCAUGGGGAAUUAAAUCAAUAAUUGUAGAUGCACUGUAGAUGAUUUUUACUUUUAAAAUAUAUAAUAUGCUUUAUAAGAAGACCCAAGCAAGAAUUCUAAUAUGCCUUUUAUGUUUAAUUGUAUGCGCCGAAUGCUGAUCUGCUACAGGUUUGAAGAUACCCAGUGUAGAUGCAGCAUGUAGGCAAGGGUGAUAGACUGUAAUCUGUGUUUUAGAUACUAUAUUGGGAAGAACCUAGAAAGUGUAUUGUACAAUAUGAAAUCAAACCACGUCUAAAGAGAAAGGUGUUUCUACUGGUUCUGUUACAAGAGAGAGACCAGGAGCAAAUAGCAGUCAAAUGGGAAUAUCGGUGCACACUUAAAGAAAGUCUCUCCAGCAAGGAAUUCAGGGGGUUGUAUGAAGUACACAGCAAUUGACAGAAGUAGUUUUGCAAAGGGUAAAGUGUAGAGCUUGAGAGAGACAUUCACACCUUUUCAUGCCUUGCCAGUUCCUAUUUUACAGUGGGUGUGCACGUUGGUUUGCAGGUUUGAGGAAGUUACAAAUAUGGUUGUGGUCGAAAGUUGUUUGGUUUCAGAUGCUGUCAUGGCAAUGUGUUGGGCAAGCUCUACUGUUGUUGUGGUGUGACAUUCCAUAUGUAAGUGUUUUGUGAGUAUUCUGUUGCCAUUCUGUUGGUGCAGUUACCUUCACCUUUCAUUUCAUUUAGAGAACCUUUGAGAUUGUAAAACAUUUACCUCAUAAUUCACAGUAACGCUUGCCAUUUCAGUGAACCCGUACCUCAAUGGUAUUUUAAGAUAAGAUAUUUUUGCGCACAAGGGAGUGCAACACCUUGGUUUUCCUUCAAAUACAGACUGCCAGUGAGCUUGGUUAUACCCAGCUGUCCCAUCUUUCCACUCGUUAUGACAUGCUAAUUAUAAUUCUUAAUCCUUUAAACUUAUUUAAACAACAUUUUCUGUGACCUAAUUAGUACGUAUUUCACCACCUCUGCAACCGACAUCAUUUAUAAUUUGCUUUCAUGAAUGAAAUAAUUGAUUUGUGAUUCGUCCAUUCAACUUUUCCAGAGUUCACUGUUUUUUUGUAAUUUUCUCUUGUCCAGACUUUUUCUGAUAUCUGGGGAAAGCCUUAAAGUUGUUCAAAACACUGCCGCUAAAAUCCAUCUUUACAUUCGAUACCGUUCCGCAAAACCUAGCUGCAUCUCAGAUCUUAUAUAAACCUGUCUACUUUUAGUAGUCUGGAUGAUUUCUCAUGCAUUCAGAGCCUUUUCCUUCCAUAGUCCAUACCUUUUUGUUUUGUCUUUACCAUUGUAAAACUUGUUGAUGUUAUUAUGUAUCACUAUCUUAUUCUACAUUAUAUUCUCUAAAUGAACUAUUAAUGCAGUUUACAGUGUUAGUACCUUUUCUAAUAUUGUUUUUCUGUAAAUAUGAUACACUUUUGUGUGAUAAUGCUUUUAAAUAAAUCUAGACCUGACUUUAACUGAAGUGUUGUAGAGAUUGACAGUUUACUUGUUUGGUGGCACUAGAUGAAAUGAAGCAGCAAACACUGGAGAUACUGACAGUAUGGUACAAUUUGAUCUCAAAUUCUUACCUCUUCCAAUAUAAUUAAGCAAUUAGUUCGAUUUGACUAUACAGUAAGAGAUACACUUGCUUUACCAAUUAUAUCAUAUCAAUGAGAAAGUCGUAUAAUGAAAUAUGCAUGCAGUGUAAACCAUUGAGUUCUGAAUAAAUGUUGAGUUUUUCCUGCCUUA